UGGGAAUAUCAGUCUGUGCAUGCUUGAAAAAGAUUGUAUUCUAAACCCUGGAUGGGAAGAUUUGGACGCGUACUGGUAGAACUUUGAAAGUUUUGUGCUGAUUUGAAGUUCACCAGGUGGCGCUGUCGAAAUCUUCAAGAUGGCUGAGACUCUGAUUCCCCUGAACAUUACAAGUCUGAAAAGAAGCAUGGGUAACAGUGAACAGUUCUAUAAAGAAGCCACAGAACAAACAGCCAAUUUCAAUACCCGGAUGUCCAUAGAGAGAAAAAUGAGGUUACCUUUCUUGGACUCCCAGACAGGAGUUGCUCAGAACCACACAAACCUGUGGCAGCAUGCUCGCUAUAGGCAACCAGGUCAACAUUUUGGGCAGCUGUACACAUACCCAGCAAAGAGAUGGAAAAAGAAGAAGUCAUUCUUUUACUCUGACCUGAAAGUUGCGAAAGCUGGCGAUAUUGAGACUGGGAAGCUGGUGAACCUGCAUCAGAUCAGUGCAGUGGAGAAUCCAGCGGCAAGGUUUGAGGACACAACAGACAGCAUGGACAUGAUGGGUGAGUCCAGCAAAGACCGCUGGUAUGAUGAACUGGAGAACAACAGUGAGCCCCCUGACACGGCCGAGUUUGAGGACCGACAGUCAGAUAUCAGCGAUUACGAAGAAACUCUAGUCAAGAAGAAAAAACGCAAGGGUGGUCCUGGCAGAGGCAGACGAAAGAUGGCCGACAGAGAAAGAGAUGAGAGAGAUGAUUGGGAAAAACCCUACUCGUGUGAAGUGUGUGGAGCACGGUAUAAGACACGCCCAGGGCUAGCCUACCACUACCGACACUUUCAUAAGGAGUCUGGGGAGACGGAAGAAGAGCGAGUCCCGACACCCAAGCCCUCCAGUCAACCCCGAGGAGGCAAGUGCUUUGACCACAUAAAAUUGUCAGCAGCAGGGGGACCCAUUGAAGUGAAAGCCUUCAAUGAGCCGAGGGAUUCAAACCAGGCCAAGAAUGCAGAUGGAAAGGUGGCGCCUAACAACUACUGUGACUUCUGUCUGGGUGAUGCCAGUGACAACAAGAAGACGAAGCAGCCGGAGGAGCUGGUCUCCUGUAGCGACUGUGGCCGCUCAGGCCAUCCAACCUGUCUACAGUUCACCCCUAAUAUGAUAAUAUCUGUGAAGAAGUACCCCUGGCAGUGUAUAGAAUGCAAAUCAUGUGGAUUGUGUGGCACCUCAGACAAUGAUGACCAGCUUCUGUUCUGUGACGAUUGUGACCGGGGCUAUCACAUGUACUGUCUGAACCCUCCACUGGCUGAGCCACCAGAAGGUAGCUGGAGCUGUCACCUGUGCAUUGAAGAGUUCCAUGGAGGGAAGAAGCCAGAAGGGAUGCAGUAGAGAGACAGAGAUGUGCUGAUUUAUUUGUGCUGUGCAUGUCAAGCUUUGUUCAACAGGGUUUAUAAUAAACUGGUCAAAAAAUCUGGGAUUUAUAAGAUCUCUUGUGAAGAUAUGAGAAGAGAUAGCUCCACAGAGUGGAAAUAAGAAAGGCUGUUUAAGAGAGUGCAAUCUAUCCAAUGAAUUGCAAAGCAGUAACAGUUUAUAAACUAACAUGUUCAUGUAUGUUAUGGGCUAACUGUAUGUACAUGACCUAGUUUGGAUGCCUAUUCAUGCAACUGACUGAUUUCAUAGUUAACUUCAUCAAAGCAAAAAACUGCAGUGUUCAGUUGUAAGUAAAUUGUUGUGUGAAGUGAUUUCAUAGAAACAGCCUCUUUUACUUCCCUUUUUGAGCUACUUUUCACUCAUUUGGCCUGAAUUAGAACAAUACCAUUUGGAGUAAGUCCUUUUGUCAUAAUAAACAUUUUGCCACUACUGUCAGUACCUCAAUACUGUAAACCUAUAUCAGUUAUAUUGUAAGGUUGCCAACUCCAUGUACUUAAGGAUCCUACAGUAUUGGACAUUUCAGGGAAGUGUUAUGUCAACUCCUGUUCGAAUGACCAUUAAAUGGUGCAUUAACAUAUCAUACUGCAGCAUGAAAAUAUUGGCAAGUCAUUCCGCAUACCACGUCAUUAAAUGUAAAUUGCAUUUACAUUGUACGUCAGUAUAUUCCCUUAAGCCUGAAUUUUACUCAGAUUUUGUGAUGUAUUUAUUGAUUUGACUGAGGUUUUAUGCUGUACUCAAGAAUAUUUCACUUAUUCAACGGAAGCCAGCAUUAUGGUGGGAGGAAACUGGACAGAGCCAAGGGGAAACCUUCGACCAUCCGCAGGUUGGUGGCAGAACGAAGAGGAAGGUAGCUUCACUUCCCACAUAUGGCUGGAGAGUGAGCUAGCAUAAGCUGGACUUAGCUCCCAGCGACCACAUUGAUGAGAGGUUCUCUCAUCAUACACAGUAGAUGUUUUAUCAAAAAGAUUGCAGUACGUGUUUUGGUUUGUCUUGAAUUGAGUGACUGUAAUCUAUGUUCAGUGUGAAAAAUUCAAUUUUUCUACCUGCAAUACUGUACUGAUAAAAAAUAUUGUGACAAUGUUAAGUGCUUUUAUGUAUGUGUAUUCCUAUUAUAAUAAAAGAAAGAUAAAUAGAGCUAAUAUGGAAGGUCUUCUGGUGCUUGAGAUUCCUGUUGGGAUAGGCCUACUACGUGUGUAUGUUCAAGAAAUGGAAAAACGCUGGAGUCGUGUGAAGUGCAUUGAAAUGAUUUCUGUGAGUACAGCUCUCAGCCUUUGAAUGUCUGAAAAGCUGGUUUAGUUCAUAAUUCUGUGGCAAAAAACAUGCUGGAUACAUGUACAGGUGUAGAAAUGAGAAAGAAAAGAAUAAAGACUUUGAAUUUCA